AUGCGGAUCGGCUUCCUGAGACUGCAGGCCCUCUACCGAUCCCGCAAGCUCCACAAGCAGUACCACAUGGCUCGCCGGCGGAUCAUCGAGUUCCAGGCACGAUGCCGAGGUUACCUGGUCCGUAGGGCUUUCCGCCACCGCCUCUGGGCUGUCAUCACCGUCCAGGCCUAUGCCCGGGGCAUGAUCGCCCGAAGGCUGUAUAAGCGCCUCCGGGGGGAAUAUCAUCGACGCCUGGAAGCAGAGAAACUUCGGCUGGCGGAAGAGGAACGGCUCCGAAAGGAGAUGAGUGCCAAGAAAGCCAAAGAGGAGGCAGAAAAGAAGCACCAG